CGAUAAUGAGCCAAAUCAAUAGUCAAGGGUAGAAGAGAUGAAGGAGGUGAUUUCGCAUGCUAUAUUCGUGGUGCCUGUCUUACACUGCAUGCUAGUGGCAGUGUUACUGUUGAAAGUGACCUCGGCUCGGUUCGUUCCGUCUCAUUCCUGUGCACUGUACAUAAUGGCGCGCAACAACACUCCUUGUGAUCAAAUAAUUGCCAGUUCUGCACCUUUCUGUCACAACACGACAAACCAGACCACGCAGGGUCACUGGCAGUCUGGCACGUUCGCAUGGAAUAUCGAGUUCUCUGGAGUCUGCGCGGAUGUCCACUAGUUAGUGACUCGGAGUUCGACAUGUAUGAUGUACUGCUAGUGGUGCGACCGUGACAAAUUGCGGCAGUGGUAUGGCAAUUUACUGGAGCCUUUUGCAAAUUGCACAUCAUGUCACAUGUGCAAUCUUUGCAUGCGCCGUUGCAGAUAGUUCCAGACUUCCAGUGUAGGCGGUGCCAAGAUUGAUUAGAGAAUAAAGCAGUGG